CUCUCUCUUUCUUUAAUGUCACGUUUAAUAGCUUCACAUGUUGUCAAUCAUUUUUUGUGCCUUUCAAAAGUUGUAUUCAUCGUCAAAGGUGAUAGCUUUUUUAACCUCAGAAACUGUUUUUUUCUUUCUUCCUUGAUUAUUCGAGUCCUGCCUGCCUGCCUGCCUGCUAUUUUUAAUCAAUUUUGGUUUCUGGGUUCUCUAUUUUUUUAUCCGAGUUUCUGUUGUUUUUGGUUUUAAUUUGCACUAUUGUGUUUGUGUAUCCUUUUGUUUCUAUUGAUCUUUUUGUGGUUUGGUUUUCUGGUUUCUGCUUUGAAGGCAAAUCUAUCAUGUCUUUCAAAUUUGUGAAUAAAGGAUGGGGGAUCAUUUUGUGUUCCUGGUGGAUCGGUUGCUAACUGAAUCCACCCUUGAAGCUGCCAUUGAGAGCCAAAACCGAUUGUGGCAAGCUGUGCCUUCUGCAAAUAUGAGUUCAUCAACAGGAAUAUUAGAAGAGUGUAGAAUUUGCCAUGACGAGGAUGAUGACAAAAACAUGGAGAUACCAUGUUCUUGCCGUGGCAGUUUGAAGUAUGCUCAUCGGAAAUGUGUCCAGAGGUGGUGCAACGAGAAGGGUGACAUUAACUGUGAGAUCUGCUAUCAGCAAUUUGAGCCUGGUUAUACAGCUCCGCGCCCUUUGUUUCGUUAUGGUGGUAUUCCAAUGAAUUUCAGAGGAAAUUGGGAGAUACCCACAAGGGAAUUGCAUGCUCCUCCAUUUAUACCGAUGUUUACUACCGACCGUGAAUAUUUGGACUCUGAUUUCGAAGAAGAGUAUCCUUUACCCUCUCCUCGGAGCGUGAUGUGCUGCCGCAUAGUUGCUAUUAUAUUUAUGGUUCUUUUGGUUUUACGCCAUACGCUUCCUAUUAUAAUUAGUAGUGGGGCCGGAGAUUACUCAAUGACAUUGUUCAUGUUAAUGAUAUUGAGAACAGUUGGGAUUCUUCUGCCUAUUUAUGUAAUGGUCAGAGCAUUUACCGCUAUCCAACAUCGGCGCCGCCAGCAGCAGGAUCCUCCUUUCCCCCUUGCUGAAACAGACGAAGAAAAUGUAUAACGUCCGGUCAGUGCAGCCACCUCAAAAUAACAGGAUGACAAGUGAACAGCAAGUCAAAGUUUAGAAUCUAAAUUUCUGUCAGUGCUGAAGGGGUUUAACAUCACAAUCAAGACAAUCAAUUGUUGUGCAUUCACACUCCAAUCAAACGGAUAGAAUUUAGAGUUAGGAAACCUGUGUACAGUUACGUUGAUAUUAAACAGCUGCUGCUCGAGCGCAACCUGCCAGAAAUGGAAGCCAGAAAUGAGAAGGGAGAAGGAUGUCCAACAUAGAUAGUGUAUAUGGGAGCAUCAUGCUAUCAAAAAAUGUUUUUUUCUUUUUCUUUUGAAGCGAGAAAAGGAGCAUUAGAUUUA